CCUGUUGUACAGUAGAGGGAAGCCUCCACUGUUGGAAAAUAUGGGCGGAUGAGGAGCGCGCUUACUGCUAUUUGACGCAAAAGUACGCGUCCGGGUCCGCGGCAGCCCUUGGGAUAUAUAGUUAUGACUGCCAGGACUGGCUAUACGAGACAGGCUUUGUUACCCAUUUUUAGAGGAAAGGACUUUACUACUCAUUUGAACCACAAAAAUGUUCUGAAGGACACUAACAUGCUUGAGGUCGUUAGAGAAAGUGUCAUCGAACGACUUUCGAACGACUUUAGCAUUCAUUUGAAUUCGAUGAUCUACCUUUUGUAGGAGCUCCUGUAGUAAUUGUUCUUCUUAGUUAUGACUCUUGUUACCAGGACUUGCUAUACGAGACAGACUUUGUUACCAGGUCGUAGGAAUGGCACAGAUACAGGUCUCGCCUUACCAGGAUGUCGUGGGGAACAGGCUUUUUAGCUGAGCUUUGGUAGUUACUGUGGUGACUCACUACGAUAGACAUAUUAUGUCUCUGUGGAUAAUUAGAAACAUCACACACUAGUGUAACCGUUUGUUGCUGAUUUUUCUAAUCUCUUCCGACUCCACCCACAUGCAGUGGUCUUGCAUUAUGUUCGCCAUUGUCGCUUUGGGUUUGCUCGGACAAGAAUUCAGCUCAUUGCCUCUUGGAAAAACCACAAGAUGGGCCAAAAUAUACGAAUGGCGUUUCGUCUUCUAGGAUAAAGCAGAGAGGUGGAGGUGCUAAAGCAGUUGUUGUUGAUGUUCUUACGGCGGGUGCUAGUGAAAUAAGUAGGUCAAAGUCAAUAUUAGAUAAGAUGGAACUUCUCGACUGAAAAAAACAUAUUUAUACAGCGUCCGUGGUUUUCUUUCUCUAAGAUGGACUCCAUCUUCUUUCUCUAAAAUAAUCCAUCUCCUUUCUCUAGAUGAGUACAACAGGAGCUACCAACUUUUAAGGGUAGAAGGUUAACGGUGUUCGCGUUGCCGUUUGCUUUGCCUCUCCUAAGGGAGAAAAGCAUAACAGACAACGGCUACAAACGCCAAAAUCCUGCCGCUAAGCCAAGUUCAACCUUAUCAUCUCCGGCGUCAUCAUGCCAGCACCAGUCUCCAGUUGUGUUGCAAGUGCGUGUGAAGAGCCAAGAGGCGCCUCCUCGAGGAUCAACCUGGGCUGGACUACACACUGCACCAUGCGACACCUACGCAGUACACAGUACUCUUGAUUCGUGCACGCCAGCAGCUCCAGGUCGUGGAGUGGUUUUGGUGGUUCGUCACACAACAGAAAGGCGCAUCGUAGCCCAUUUUGAGGAAGCAGAGACAGGACUGACGUAUUCUGGUGCCACGGUGGCGACAUUCGGCAAAAGCCAAGUGGGAGCCAAGUUUGGAACCGCCGCCAGUCUGUCACCAGACGGCAAAAUCUACGCAGUCGACUCUCCAACUUUCGGCGUAUUGCUCUUUGGGAUACACGCCCACAAUCAGGAAACAAGUGCAGGUGGACCGAUGAUUGAACCCACAAUUUAGGACUACUUGUCGCGCUUUGUGUUACUAUUACUUAGCAUAGCUCAU